UUAUAGGAAAUGGACAUCACAAAAUCGUCGUCGACCAGGCGAUACAGCGAUUCUAUACAAUUUCUGGCUCCUGUUUCAGACUUUAACAGAAGUCUUCACCUCGCUGCGUUGCUGAAGGAUGGUUCCCUGAGAGAGGCCUACGCAACAGCCAUGACGGACGGUCAGUUACCGACCAACCGAGCCCGGGUCCUGAUACUCGGGGAGCCUCGUGCCGGUAAAACCAGUCUUCUGAACCGGCUCAUGGGAAGGGAGUUCGACACCCGGGAACAGCCGACUGAGGGGAUUGAGACGCGAAUGUGUCACGUCACUAAUGUGGACAAACAGUGGAACGAAUCCAAAGGCGCCAAGGCAGAUGACAUACAGCAAUGUGCCUCAGUGGUGACUGUCCUUGGUGAAGUGUCGUCGGCUAGAAAAGCAACGACACUCGGAUCUGAUACAUCGAGCAAGAACGACUCCACACCUCACACGUUGCCCGAGUUAAUGAAAAUGGGCCUGCAGCUGGUUUGUUUGCUGGUAGUUGUGUUUGUAUUUGGUAUUUUGAAGUACGGGUAUACGGCAUUUGUAUGGUGCACAUUCGGAGUUAUUACCUUUAUGCACAACUACAACUUCGCCUAUCGGUUCUCAACGUAUAUAUCUUUGUUCUGCAUUCUCUUCCACGCAAUUACUAGACGAGAUGGUUUGCUAGAAGCUUCGAGUUGUCAGGAAGGCGUGGGCAGGUUUGUUAAUCAGACAGUUUGGUCUACUAUGCAGAGCAUGGUGUUGGAUACGAUAAAUACCAUUCUGUUGGGUGCAGCCAACGGUUUUGGUUGUCGUACAGGUGUCGCUGUUGCCUUCUCGGCGAGUGUUCAUCCAGAAGAGAUUAAGGCGACUCAAGAAGCUGCUGCUAACAGUCCCGUUGUCUCCUGGGACAUACUGAUGGUGGUUGUGGUAUCAAGUGCAGGAGUACUUCUAGGCAUUGGAUGCUACUCUUUCUGUACAUUUAAUGACAGGUGGCAUAAAUACAGAACUGCUACAUGUUGUGGCCUCCUGGCGUGGCUACUAGCACUGAGCCUCAAAGGAGACUGCAGAACCAGACGCUACCUUUUCCUGUUUCUGAACGGAAUUAUGAUGUCAAUGCAAGCCGCAUGGGGGACUAUUGUUGGUCGGAGAGCUUCCCAUAAAUACGGAGUCAGCGCUAGUUACGUAACAAAAAAGACUGUGGGUUUCAUCUUUGGCCUGUACCUAUCAUGCAUCUUCGGUUGGACAAUGAGAAUACCGAACUCCAGUUUGCCGUCCAUGACAUUUUACUUUCUUUCAGUCCUGUCACAUCCCUUGUUUGAUCUUCACAACACUUACAAAGUAUGGCGAGAAAAGUCAACCUUCCCCGUUAAACUUAUCCGUGAGCAGAUGAAAGCGGUACUCCAACGACAACCGAUCUUAGAGACCAAGCUGAGUUUAUGGGACUUUGCUGGGGACACUCUAUACCACUGCACCCAUCACGUCUUUAUGCCGGACAGAGCUCUGUAUGUGAUCGUCUUCAACCUACACGCCGCUGUUUCUGACGAAGAUGGACAACUGCAGAAACUUCUCUUCUGGCUACAUUCAGUCUGUGCGCAUGCGCGUCACCCAGAUGCUGUUAUCAUCAUUGUCGGUACUCAUAAGGCAAGCGUCCCUGAAGCUCAUAGGUUACGUUUUACUGAUGAACUUCACCGUAGAAUCACAUCUCAUUUCUGCCACCGGCUGGUUCUAAACCCUCUCGAUGACAAGCCGCUGUUUCUCGUCGAGAAUUCCCAACCCGUCGACGAAGACUUCAAGCAGUUGAGAGCAGAAAUAUUCAGACAGGUCGAGAGCGCCGAAUACGCUCAGGAAACUUAUCCCAUCAAGUACCUGCACUUCUAUCGCGAGAUCCAGAAUCGUCGAAAACUGGCAGAGACUGAUUGCGCUGCUUACGUGAUGACCUUGGACCAAAUCAGCGACCUUGCAAGAGAUACCUGCGAUGUGACCAAUGAAGACGACUUAAAGAGCAUGCUGCGAUUUUUUGGCGAGGCUGGAGAACUCAUUCACAAAGAUGACGACGACAUCUUGCGACAACAUGUCGUGUUGGACCCCCAGUUCUUAGUUGAUGUCAUGAAGAAACUCGUGCGAAUCCCGCGUGGCUCUAAAAGGUCGCAUCGAUUUGCUGUGAAUUGGAGAGAUUACGAAAGCAGUGGAAUCAUCAACGAGGGUCUACUACAACAUAUUUACGGAGACAUGCUUCAUCUUGUGCCACUUCUGACCAAGCUUCUGCAGGCCUAUGACCUCAUGUGUCCGGUGGCGUCUGUCUUCAAUCCAAACUGCUCCCAGAAGUCUUUCUUGGUGCCUGCCAUGCUGCCCCCUUACCGAGGUGAAUCGAUGGAGUUUUGGAAACCCCAGAGUAAAGAGGAGGUCUUUUAUUUCGACUUUGGUUCCUUCGAUCCCAGUACCGUCUACUCUCGUCUUCUGACCCGUUGCCUGACACAUGCCAGUCUAGACAAGUUUGAUUCAACCUCCAAACCUCUGAUUUUUGCAGACCGGUGCCGGUUCAACAUCGGCACUAGGUGUAUCUUCAAGUUGCAGCUGGAGAGACGUUCUUCUCAACAGAUGCUUCUUUCGGUCACUGUCUUGGCGUUUGAGCAAAAGUAUCCCAUCUGGAAGCUCCUAAAGUUCUUGUUGAACGUCGUGAAAAGCAUAACAGCGAGAGACUACUCACAGUUGUGCUUCACACUCGGUCCUCGCUGUCCUUACUGUGUGCACGAAGUAAACUCCGAAAAAUCAAGCGAGGCCCUCUCACAAGACACCUGUGAAAACAACGAACGAGAAGAGGCGAAAAUCCACGUGCUGAAGAUGGGCGGGAAUGACCAGCCGUUCCCUACGAUGUCCCCGGCCGUGAUGCUCUGUGGUCAGAAAAGAUACGAGUUGGUGCUGUCUGGAUAUAAAUCUAUGGAUACGGACUGUGGUUCCUGCCAUCUGCCACAACGGGUAGCAUUCACUACGAAGACACCAAUUACAAAACUGCCUCCCGACCUCUUUCAUAAGGUGUGCCAGCUGCUCAAUGACUCCUCGAGUAACAGGAACUGGAAAGCCCUGGCAGGCGAGUUGGGUAAAGACGCGGAGUCCGUAGCAGUGUUGGACAGCCAGCGGAUAACCAACCCCACCGAGUGUCUGCUGCGAGAAUGGGCGAUGAUAAGCGGUCACGUGACGGUGAACGACUUGAUGGAAGUCCUUGGUAGACCGUCACUCCUGCGGAUGGAUGUCAUACAUGAAAUACGUGCACAGAUGGCGCAAGAAUAAACUGACUAAAAGAUACACAUAGGUCUAGUUUUGUUUCUAUCACAAACAGCGCCUUCUAUAGUGCCAAAGUUGUCAAUAACUUCCCUGCUCGUAGAAUUUCGGGUGUCCAAAAACCAGAUAAUACUUGUAUAUACUAUCGUGCAUUUUUUUUUUCUUAAAUUUUUAUGAAGUGAGAACUGCUGAUACUGACAAUAGGUCAUUAUAUAGGGAGAUAUUCCGAUAGACUUGUGUACACAUAUGUUUCCAACUUUAAUGACCCCUCACCCAGACUUUUUCCUUAUCCUACCCCCACGAAUGUUGGUAUGUUUACCAAUUGGACCACGAGCAAUUAAUCUAGCGUGUAUGCGGCUGCAUUAUUGUGCCUUUAUAUAGGGGCUGAGUCAUUAGGGAGACAUUGAAAUGUCUCCCUAAUCCACAUGUCUCGCAAAGGUAUAAUGGUGCUUAAGUGUCUCCCAACGGUAAUAUUUGAUUAUUGGGCCA